CCCUCUAUACCUCCAUCCAUCACUCUAUACCUCCAUCCAUCCCUCUAUACCUCCCUCCAUCCCUCUAUACCUCCAUCCAUCCCUCUAUACCUCCCUCCAUCCCUCUAUACCUCCCUCUAUACCUCCAUCCAUCCCUCUAUACCUCCCUCCAUCCCUCUAUACCUCCAUCCAUCCCUCUAUACCUCCAUCCAUCCCUCUAUACCUCCAUCCAUCCCUCCAUCCCUCCAUCCCUCUAUAGAUGCAUUCCUCCCUCCCUCUAUACAUCCAUCCAUCUAUACCUCCCUCCAUCCCUCCAUCCCUCCAUCCCUCUAUAGAUCCAUCCCUCCAUCCCAUCCAUCCCUCUAUACCUCCCUCCAUCCCUCCGUCCCUCUAUACCUCCCUCCAUCCCUCUAUACCUCCAUCCAUCCCUCUAUACCUCCCUCCAUCCCUCUAUACCUCCAUCCAUCCCUCUAUACCUCCCUCCAUCCUCUAUACCUCCCUCUAUACCUCCAUCCAUCCCUCUAUACCUCCCUCCAUCCCUCUAUACCUCCAUCCAUCCCUCUAUACCUCCAUCCAUCCCUCCAUCCCUCCAUCCCUCCGUCCCUCUAUAGAUCCAUCCCUCCAUCCCUCCCUCCCUCUAUACAUCCAUCCAUCUAUACCUCCCUCCAUCCCUCCGUCCCUCCAUCCCUCCAUCCCUCUAUAGAUCCAUCCCUC